AUGGCCGUAGACGCCCGCGACUCGGCCAUCCGAGACGCGAAGCGCUAUAUUCGCGAUGUCGUGCGGAACGACUGGACCUUCCAACCCUCCACGGACGACGGAGCUCCCGCGAGCUCAUUUCCGCCUCCGCCCCAGAACGAGGUCGCCGCAUGGCGACUCCGCGAAUACGACAGCUCCGGGUCGGAGCUAGAGCCUCAGAUGUCACCCACGGGCUAUGACGAUGACUCGUCGGAGCCAGGGAGCCCGAUGAUGUCGCCCGUCGGCGGUCGCGUGGAACGACGCCGCAAGCGCCGGAGGGACGAGGAGGAGGAAAUGCGCUGGAACGAGGGCCUCAGGACGUGGGUGGAGAGGCGCGAUGCGUGGUCUGGGGCCCGCGCGAAACCGGAGAUCUUGGGUGAACCUCACCAUGCGCAUGUGUCCUCGGAUGAAGCCGCCGCAAGGACGUCGAACUCCUCGUCUGGAGACUCGUCCAAUCUGGCGAAUAGGGCCGGCGCCUCCCUCACUAUCUCCGACAAGGACGCUUCUCCCUUGCAGCAUGACCGCGACGGCGAGGGCCACUCCACGACGGCGGCAGACGGGCACCAAGGGUCGACCGAGACGGCGAUUACCGAGCCCGACACGCAGGGCGCAACGGCGGCCACCCCAGCGCCCGCGCCCGCGACCGCCGCCUCGAAAGCAGUCGCAUCUACCGUCGCGCACCAGCAGCGGCCCGAAGAAGCCAUCGAUCCCGUCAUCCCCGUCGUGCCCUCCCUCAUCUCCACCACGAACCCCAUCCGCGCCUCCAUCACCCCGGCCAUGUACCCGAGCAUCUACUCUAAAGUUGUCGUGCAGGGCCUGACGCCCACAGUCCCGAUCAACCUCGCCGAUGUCACCAAAUCCAUGGUACAGGGCUGGAAAUCCGACGGCCAGUGGCCGCCGAAACCGACCAACAUCGUCCUCCAAGACGACGCCACUGUCCCCCGCGCUAGGGACGAAAUUUUGACAGCAACUACAUCGGCCGCCGCACAACCGCCGUCUCCGGAGUCGAAACGCCGCUCCGGGGUCGCCAGCGCCGUGCGCAAGGUAUUGCACUUUUCGGGCUUCCACCCAUCGCAUCCGUUCCAUCGGCGCGGGUCCAGUCAGCCGUCUGAGGAGGCUGGCGCCGCGCAUGCUGUUGAGCAUACGGGGGAGAACGCAUAG